CCUACAUCCAGAGCUACUAGCCGUCUCGAAUGCGAGCCCAGCCCAAGGAACAAGCCGUCAAACAUAGAUCGCCUUGGCUUAGAGACAUCCUAUGUCUUGCCGUUUUCUGCAUUGAUUUUACCACCGCGCCAGCUGGGACGCGUCCUCGCCUAUCUCGUGGCAGCGCGUGCCACACCGGCGGCUCAACCCGAUCUCGCCAGCGUCCGCCUCACCCCCAUGAGCCCGGCCGUCCGCCCGUCCAAGCAUGGAGAGCUUUCUGCGCGAGUGGAGGCAAGACGCCUUGAAUAAGGCCCAGUACGAGUCCGCCAUAUUCGUCGGGGACAAGCUCUUGGCCUUGACGAACGACGACAACGAUGCUUUCUGGUUGGCCCAGGUCCACUUCGCUACUGGCAACUAUACCAGGGCCCAGGCUUUCUUGUCCAAGCAGGACCUCAUCGCCCGGAACCCGUCUUGUCGGUACCUGGCCGGUCACUGCUUCAUCAAGCAGUCCCGCUUCGAAGAGGCCCUCGCUGUACUGGGCGAGCGGAAUCCCACCCACCUGAUCUCGAACCCGCAGCACAAGCGCAAGGCCCAGCACUCGAGCGGCCGCGCCGGCGCGCACCACGGGAGAGGCGCCUCCAAGGCCCACAACCGGGAAGAGGAGCCGUCCGCGGAGGAGGCGGCUAACAGGCGCUUCGAGGCCGCCAUGUGCUUCCUCAGGGGCAUCUGCUACGCGAAGCAGAAUGCCUUCGACCGUGCCAAGGAGUGCUACAAGGAUGCCGUGCGCAUCGACGUCCAGUGCUUCGAAGCCUUCCAGCAGCUGAUGAAGAAUUCGCUCAUGUCACCCGACGAGGAAUGGCAGUUUCUCGAUUCGCUCGAGUUCGAUUCCAUCACCGUCUCCGGCGACCCCUCGUCCUCGCAGGAGGCCGCCGAGUUCACCAAGAUGCUCUACACUACUCGGCUUUCCAAGUACCGGAACCCGGCGUCCUUCACGACCGCGUGCGAGACCCUCUCCACCCACUACAACCUCGCCUCGAAUCCGGACCUGCUGCUCGCUCGGGCGGACCUACUAUACACGCAGUGCAGGUAUAAGGAUGCGCUGGCCAUCACCGACUCCGUACUCCGGGAAGACAAGUACAACUUCGCCAUCUACCCCCUGCACCUCGCCUGCCUCUUCGAGCUGCAGAUGAAGAACGUGCUCUUCCUGAUUGCCCACGACCUGGCCGACACGCACCCCGAGGAGCCGUGCACGUGGCUCGCCGUGGGCAUCUACUACUUUGCGAUCGACAAGAUCGCCGAGGCGCGGCGGUACUUCAGCAAGGCGAGCAUGAUGGACCCGCACUUUGGGCCGGCGUGGAUCGGGUUCGCGCACACGUUCGCGGCCGAGGGGGAGCACGACCAGGCCAUCUCGGCGUACUCGACGGCGGCGCGGCUGUUCAUGGGCACGCACCUGCCGCAGGUGUUCCUGGGGAUGCAGAACCACGCACUCAACAACAUGACGCUGGCGGACGAGUUCCUGAAGACGGCGUACGGGCUGUGCAAGACGGACCCGCUGCUGCUCAACGAGAUGGGCGUCGUGUACUACCACCAGGACCGGCCGCAGGACGCGGCGACGCUGUUCGCGCGGGCGCUCGAGGUGGCGGACGACAUCGACUCGGACCCGCUGGCGUGGCUGCCGGCGCGGACGAACCUCGCGCACGCGUACCGGCGCGCGCGGCGGUUCGACGACGCGCUCGACCAGUUCGACGAGGUGCUCCGGCUCGGCGGCAAGGACCCGGCCGUGUUCGCGGCCAAGGGCCUCGUCUACAUGGAGCAGGGCGGCGCCGCGCGGCUCGACCGCGCCAUCGAGGUCCUGCACCAGGCCCUCGCCAUCCACCCGCAGGACCCGAUCGCCACCGAGCUGCUCAACAAGGCGCUCGAGGAGACGGCCGGCGAACUGCCGUAAUGGGAAGGCGGAGAACUAGCCGAGGGGAGCGUCUCGGGGGGUUUGGCAUCCGAGCCUGACCUUGGUCUCAGCCCCGGUCUCAAGGCCUGAUGGGGAGAGGAAGAAGACAGUGGGGCGGGAGGGAGGAAGGGAGAGGAUUGUGACAGGUCAGCUUAGGUCACGUCAGGUCCAGGACAGACCGGGUGCGAAGCGAAAUAAGCCUUUCCUCUGUGUUUCUUAACGACGGGAUAGGGCCCGCGUACGCGCACCCAGGCCCGAU